GCUUUUCUUCUCGAGAUAUCCGAAAAAUGCUGAAAAUCAGACAAAAAGAGUCAGUUAACGUUUUUUCAGUUUUUUUUGUUUGAUUUUCAGCAUUUUUCGGAUAUCUCGAGAAGAAAAGCAUAUUUUUCGAAAAGAAAAAAAACUAACCGGAGAGAGGGUCUGAAAUAUCUGUGGUAAAAUGUUGUGCUCGAUCAGACCAUUUUUUCGAGGAGUCGUAAUGUGAGUCGAUGAAAAGUGAAGUUUUUCAGAAAACUCAUAGAAGAAGACGUCAGAAAAUUCUGGGAAAAAAUAUAUCGAUUCUCUACGUUUUCGACGUUCUAUCUCUGAUGUAAAUUUCAACCCGAUCCGACAUCGGCUUCCCGGUUUUCAAGGGCGAAGUGUGCCCUUAAGUAAAUAAACAUAAUACCUUUUGUUCAAUGUUUUUUUUAAAUACUUUUAGCUGAAACUCUUAAAGCUCGUUUAGCUGAGUUGCGCGCAAGACGACAUGAAUUAGAAAAAGUUCGUGAAGAAGUUAUCAGACGAUUGAAAAAUAUUCAUAAUCGAAUAACGUUACGACGAAAAGAAGCUCGGGAUAUGUGGAAAAAGAAAUAUUUUACGGAGAAAAAGAAAAUGCCACCUCUAGAAGAACGUGUUCAACAAUUACAAAAUGAUUUAGAUCAAAUACAAAAGAAAACGCUUGUGGUAAUGAAUCAAGAAUCAAAACAUGCACCACAAACCGAUGUAAAAAUAAUUGUUGUUCUUUUAACAUCUCAGGAUAAUCGUGUUCAAUUUACAAAAAUGCAAUAUAGUAUUCAAGAUAUAAGAUAUCAACUUGAUCAAGCAAAAUUAAGAUUAACAACAGACAUUAAGCUUCGAAAUCAAGCUGAAAAUGAAUGUCAUUCGUUGAAACAUGAAUUAAGUCAAGCAAGAAUGAAUUUAGAUCACAUUAAAAUGAAAGUGAUUGUCCAAUAA